AUGGUGGGUGCGUCCUCCUGUUACGCAUCUCCGUUAUGCACCUGGCUCGUCGCAGCUUGCAUGUCCGUCCCUGACGGCGGCGGAGACAGCCGACAAGCCGCCGUCGCUCUUCAAUCCGGCAGGCGGAGUCGACGAAGGAGACAGCUCGGCAAAUGCUCCGCGGCGGCUUCUGGUAAUCGUGGAUCCGGCGGCAGCAUUCAGGCUCUCGUCACUUCCUGCUUGGAUUUUGCACCUUGCAGUCACUACUACAACAAUAACAACAACUAUAGCAAUAGCAAUAGCAAUGCCUUGUCUUCUCUCUUCGGAUUCAAUACCGUUUCUCUCAAUCGUACCCAGCGGAGAUUGAAUCGUGCAUCUGCUUCCGGUGGAGUAAUGGCGGUUGCGAUGGAGAUGGAGAAGGAAGCAGCUGUUAACAAGAAACCUCCAAUGGAGCAGCGUCGUGUUGUUGUGACAGGGAUGGGAGUUGAGACAUCGUUAGGUCAUGACCCAGAUACGUUUUAUGAGAAUUUGCUACAAGGGAACAGUGGUAUUAGCCAGAUUGAGAACUUUGAUUGUUCUGAGUUUCCUACGAGAAUUGCAGGAGAGAUUAAAUCUUUUUCGACUGAAGGAUGGGUUGCUCCAAAACUGUCGAAAAGGAUGGACAAGUUCAUGCUUUAUCUCCUCACAGCUGGCAAGAAAGCUUUGGCUGAUGGUGGUGUAACUGAAGAAGUCAUGGAAGAGUUUGACAAAGCCAGGUGUGGAGUCUUGAUUGGCUCAUCAAUGGGAGGCAUGAAGGUCUUUCACGAUGCUAUUGAGGCUCUGAAGAUCUCUUACAAGAAGAUGAAUCCUUUUUGUGUGCCUUUUGCGACAACAAACAUGGGUUCUGCUAUGCUAGCUAUGGAUCUGGGGUGGAUGGGGCCAAACUAUUCUAUUGCAGCUGCUUGUGCCACAAGCAAUUUUUGCAUUCUGAAUUCAGCUAACCACAUUAUCAAGGGUGAAGCUGAUGUAAUGCUCUGCGGUGGCUCGGAUUCAGUAAUUAUUCCAAUAGGGUUGGGAGGUUUCGUUGCAUGCCGGGCUCUUUCACAAAGGAAUAAUGAUCCCACAAGAGCUUCACGUCCUUGGGAUACCAAUCGAGAUGGUUUCGUGAUGGGGGAGGGAGCUGGUGUUCUGCUUUUGGAAGAACUUGAGCACGCUAAGAAAAGAGGAGCAACUAUCUACGCAGAGUUCCUUGGUGGGAGUUUCACAUGCGAUGCCUACCACAUGACUGAGCCGCACCCUGAUGGGGCUGGGGUCAAACUCUGUAUCGAGAGAGCGCUAGCUCAUGCUGGAGUGUCCAAAGAACAGGUAAACUACGUAAAUGCACACGCAACCUCAACACCAGCUGGAGACCUUAAGGAGUACCUAGCCCUUGCUAACUGUUUUGGCCAAAAUCCUGAGAUAAGGAUAAAUUCCACAAAAUCUAUGAUUGGACACUUGCUGGGAGCUGCUGGGGCCGUAGAAGCUGUCGCAACCGUGCAGGCAAUAAGGACCGGAUGGAUUCAUCCAAAUAUCAACCUCGAGAAUCCAGACAAUGGAGUGGAUACAAAAUUGCUGGUGGGUCCUAAGAAGGAGAGACUGAACAUUACAGCAGCCUUGUCAAAUUCAUUCGGGUUUGGUGGCCAUAACUCCAGCAUCAUUUUUGCUCCUUACAAGUGA